AUGUCUCAGCGUCUGAGACCCAUCACGCCAGCGAACCCCGCGCCCGAUGAGUCCGGCGGGCCGUCCAUCCCAACACGUGGGCGGAGCAUCACCCGCAACGCCAGGAGCAACGCUACCGCAGCGUGCCUGGCAUGUAAGGCUAAGAGAAGAAAAUGCAGUGGCCCGCCCGGACCCUGCAAUGCGUGUAUCUCCUCCAAGACCGAGUGUGUGUUCCGAGAAGAUCUCGAUGGAAGACGAAAGGAGGCCAUCAAGCGGAAAAUGGAGGAGGGGACAGAGCAUCACCGCGAUCUCUUGAGUGGACUGCUCCGGUCCAUUCGAUCGAGUGACGAAGAUGAAGUUCAGCAUCUCAUCCGGCUGAUUCGAGAUGAUGCACCACUGUCAACCGUGAGUCAACUCGUUCGCUUAAUGCGCCCAGAGAUAAAUGCAGAAAACCCAGAAAACCCCCUGAGGGGAAGAGCAUCCCUUCUGGGGACCAUGAUCCACGCCUUCAUCGACGAGAGUGUCAGGAAGCUUCGUGAAAACAGUCCAAGAACCGAUGACACGAUUGAUGGCCUUCUCCGGCUCCGAGCUGAAGCGUCCAGUCUGGCAGAGCAGAUUCCACCGAGUAGAGCGCGAAGGAAGACCAUGAGCGUCGAGCAGAUGACCGACGAGCCUCUGUUCCAACUCACGGCAAGACCCUGGACGACAAUCACAGACGAUGACUAUCUGGUCUCACAUCUCGUCUCCCUCUAUUUCACUUGGUGGAACACCUUCAUGCAUCCUCUUCACGAACCUUUCCUGAUCGAAGCCAUGGUAGCGGGCGACACCAUGAGUCCGCUUUGCUCUCCUUUUCUGGUGAACGCCUUGCUAGCGCUGUCUUGCAGUUACUCCGACUUACCGGGGGCUUUCGCUGACCCUGACGAUCCGGAUACUUGGGGGGAACACUUCUAUGACGAAGCGAAGCGCCUGUGGGACCGCGAGGAAGGGCGCGCUUCCAUGACCAACCUGCAAGGCCUGUACCUCUUGAUGCUGUAUCAGAACAUGCGCGGAAAAGACCAACUUGGCUGGUCGACCAUGUCGCAAGUUGUCCACAUGUACCAAGACAUGGGCCUCCACAACCAGAUCAAGAUACCACGUGACUGCCCAACCGAGUCUGCGGACAAGAUGAAAAUCGCCAUGUUGAAUGUCUCCUGGUCGGUAUUUAUCUGCAAUACGAUAUUUGCUAUUUUCCUUCUCAAACACCCUACGCUCCGACCGCCGACAGUGGCGCGCCCCUUUACGGGCGAAGACCUCCAGAGGUCGGUGGAGUGGAAACCAUAUCCCCGCGCAGAGAGAGCCGAUAUACUGUAUGGAGAGGCACUCGUGAAUGCUUAUUGCGACUUGGCUGAGAUAGCAUAUGAGGUAGCAUUCAGUGUGCCCUUCACUGACUUGGGAGACGAGAAUGCACCCCUGCAGCUGAUGGCGAGGUUGCGAGGGUGGCACGAUAACCUUCCUACGACUUUGCAAGCCAACUCGGCGACGCCGGGGCCAUUGUUUGAGCUACACACUAUCUACUAUUCGUGUUCUCUCACCUUGAGUGAGCUUUCUGGCCACGAUACUUCACCGGGGCCCACGCCUGGUCCGGCUUCUUUUCCCAUAGCGUCGACUGUGGGCAUGACUGCUCGUAGCACCUCCCUUCUCUUGAUUCGUCACAUGUUGCCAUUGUAUCGACAAUUUCGCCAAACAUACGGCUCCAUUCGUGUGAUGGCGGGCAGUUGCCAGACGGCGGCAAUCGCGUACUUCAUUCUGCUCAAAGCGAUGUGCGACCCGUCGUUGCAAUCGGAGGAGAACGAAGAAGCGCUCAGGGAGAAUGAAGAAGCCCUCGUUGACCUGACGAUGUACUUGAUGGUGGGUGCACGACGCUGGCUGGUGUAUGCCGGUGUGCUGCGGAUGGUUCGACCGACGGCGCAGUCGAUGGGUGUCCAGCUCCCUCCGAAAUUGAACGGGAUACUGGACGAGUUCGACAAGACGGUGUGGACGGUGGGGGCGCACAGACGAAUCCGAAGCGUCUAUCCGAAUCUCGCUCUGGUCAAGAAGAACUCGAGAGAUGGCGAGGACAUCACGAUGGGCGAGUUGCUGGCAAGAUGGGAAGCAGUGUUGGCGGAUGGCCAGCCGGAAAAUCGUGAAGAUAACUAG